AUGCCAGAUCCAAUCUGGGUUCAUUUUACUCAACUAGGACAUGUAAUUGAAUUUAAACAAAAAAGAAGAGAGUGUAAUUAUUAUCAACAACAGAUUAAUGAUGCUCUUAGAGCAGCAUAUAGUAAUGAUAUAUCUACUUCUGCUACUGCAGCAUCAGCAUCUACAUCUACUGUAGUUGCAUUUUCAUCUUUACCUGCUUCUUUAGUUACAACAACAUCAUCUGUAUCUAAUAAUAAAGUAUCUUUUAAAAAUAUAACCAGAUCCUGA